AUGCCUGAGGAUAAGGUCUUCUCACUACAGAAACUACAAAACUACAGGCCAGUUAGCUUAACAUUUGUCAUAGUUAUUUCCUAUCAUUUAAAGACGUUCUUAGCACUGAAUGUGGGGGAGAAAUUCAAAGCCAUCGAGCACAGUCAGUAUGGUUCUGAUAGUGAUUAUAACCCAGCAGAAGAUGAGACUCGAGGAAGGCAGCCAAACUACAAUCGCAACGUCACUACUUCGACCAGUGACCGGCCUCGGAGACGACCUGGGAGACCUCGCAAAGUUUUGCGGACAGAGGCAAUGCCUGGGAUUGAUGGAGCAGAGGUCGAAGCACUUGUCACCUCCCAGUCGAACCCAUUGGACCUCCAGAGCUCUGAAGCAGCUAGUUCAACUGCACAAGAGAAUGGGGAUGUCUCAGCAGGCAAUGAGAUAGUAGCUGAGUCAGGGAUUAGCCAAUCAGAUUCUGAGAACAAAGACCCAUCAUCAAAUACCAACGAGAUAUCUUACAAGCAUUCGAGGCGACGUGGUCGCCCACCCAAGAGGUUUGGCAGGAGGAAGUACAGAGGCUAUUUGGGGCGCAGGUACAAUUACUAUAGAUCCAGCAAGCCCUUGAUGAGGCCUCACCACUGUCGAAUCUGUGGCUCCCGUUUCUUGACGCAGGAAGACUUAAGAUUUCAUAUUGACUCGCAUGAGGGGAAUGAUCCAGAACGCUUCAAGUGCAUGCAGUGCAGCUAUCGGUGCAAGCGCUGGUCAUCUCUGAAGGAGCACAUGUUUAAUCACGUGGGAACAAAACCAUACAAAUGUGAAGAAUGUGAUUAUACAAGUGUGUACAAGAAAGAUGUUCUCAGGCAUUCCUCUAUUCACACUAAGGAAAGAAAGAAGAAAGCGGACCUGGCCUUGUGA